GCUUGUACGUCUUGUUCCGAAACAGCAGCCAAACCGUGGGAUCUGAGCAGAUUGAGUGGGGCUUUGAGCUAUACCUGGCUACAACAAAUCUCCAAACAACAGACAACAUUUUUGCUUUCUCUUUCCAUCUGUGAACUGACACACAAAACAGAGCACCCUAUGCCAUGGCUGCUGCGGCCCCGUCCACUAAAGGCAGCCUGAGAGAGGACCUGACAUGUGCCAUAUGCUGCGACCUGUUCCGGGAUCCUGUCAUGUUGACCUGUAUGCACCACUUCUGCAAACCCUGCAUCUCCAGGUACUGGAGAGGAACUCAGGGGCCUGUAACCUGCCCACAGUGCCGCAAGGAGUUCAGCUCCAAGCAAUUUCAAACUAACUACCUUGUGGCGGCUAUGGUAGAGAAGGUCCGGGUCACCACCUCGGACACUUACAUCAAAAACCUAGAGAAACAAGUGAAAGAGAUGUUGGAGAGCCAGCGCCUGAGGAUGGAAGACUGCAUCAACAGUAUUCGCAGAAACAAAGACAAAAUGGACACCAUAAAGAGGGUGGGAGCAGAUAUGCAGGCUCGUGUCAAAGGGGAGUUCACAGCUUUCCAUCAGAUCCUUCACGAUGAGGAGAUCUGCAUGCUGGAGCAGCUAAGGAGAGAGCAGGAGGAGGAGGUGGAGAAAGUCCACCGCCACAGUGAGGCCAUGGAGCUGGCAGUAAGAGAGCUGGAGGAGAAUAUGAGAUUGCUGCAGCAGGCGAGCGCUGACACUGAGAACAUCGUCCUGACUCAGCUGCCACAGAUAAAGCCAUGUGUGCAGGUAAAUAUUGCCCCAGAGUUUGACAUAAACGCUUUCAGCAACAAAUACAUGGCCCCAUUACAGUACAUCACAUGGAGGAAGAUGUUCAAGUCUUUGAAGCCAGGUCCAUCCCCAUUAACGUUUGAUGUCGACACAGCGCACCCGAGCAUUCAGGUCUCAAGGGACAAAACGGCGGCUGUUGAAUGUGACGUCAUGAUCCCGCACAAUGACCACAACAAACGUUUCCUGCAGUGCGUCAACAUCCUGGCUGCACAGGGCUUCCAGUCAGGCCGACACUACUGGGAGGUAGAAGUGGGCUCCAAGCCCAAGUGGGACCUGGGCGUGGCCUCAGAGGCUGUUGACAGGCACACUCGCAUCAAGCUGAGCCCCGAAAGCGGCUACUGGACGCUACGACUGCGUAACGGGAGCGAGUACUCGGCUGGCACUCAGCCCUGGACGAGGCUGCAGCUCGUCACAGCCCCUCAGAGGCUCGGGGUUUACUUAGACUGCGAGGAAAGGAGGGUGUCCUUCUACAACGCUGAUGAUAUGAGUCUGCUGUACUCGUUCACCAACGGGCCGAGGGGCAAGGCGUUCCCCUUCUUCAGCCCAUGCAUCAGUGACGGUCGACAGAAACCUCCGCCUAUCAAACUCCUCCACUACCCUCCUCUUGCUCUGUCUGGCUAGCGUGGGUGGAAUCGAUAAAAAGCUUUUCAGUAUGUAAAGCUUUCUAAUCAUCUCUUGACCAAUAACUGUUAGCACUCGGCUUAUAAAAGACAGAAGUGCCUUUUUAGCAUUAUGGGUCUCUAUCAGCGAUUUUAGAUUGCUCUCCAUGCUGCUGAUCAGAUAUAGCCAGAUGAAUCUACUUUCUACCUGCAAUAAGCCUUAAACGCCUUGAUUGAAAGCCUUGUAAUUGUUAUGAAGAGGCUAUUUCUAUUUGCUGUAGCAAUCAACAGAAACAUUUAACAGUUUAGGGUUGAAUAUAGUGAAGCUUAGAUGCAUGCGGACAUACUGGUUCUUCACUGCUCAACCAAAUCAAAAUCAAAAGAUGAAGACAGUUGACCUUUGAAUGAUACUCUUAAUAUUUAUUUUUCAUCAAGUCAGGGUGUCCUCAGUCGCUUGUAAAAGGUUAUUGUUUUAAUCACCAUUUUAGAUUUGUGCACUUCAUUGUGAGAUUUUACAUCUGAUUAAACGGUUCAUGUUUCGACUUUAGUCUGAAAUGAGAAACAGAUGUUCUUUCUGAUGAAGUUUAACAUCCAAAUGUUAUUUCACAGGGCUUAUGGGUUCUUAAUAUGACUUCUAGCAGCUGUUGAUUUGUCAUUAUCUAUACAACCAUUUAUAUACAUUACACGUGCCUAAAUUUAAGUAUGGUAUAAUAUACUAUUCAUUUUUUUAUAGCAAGAGGAGAUGACUCAAAUGUAGUUCUUUUCAGGAUUCAGUGUAUGCAGUAUUUUUACAUUGUUGCCAUUGCAUGACAGUUGCAUAAGACCCAAACGAUCACUGUAAAACCUGCCGAUUCAAACAAUAAAUCACUUUUUACUUUGA